UACCAGCUCUGGCAGUUGGCAUCAAUGUCACUUUUUAGAGAUCAAUGAGAUAGUACAGAGACGCACAGCUCUAGAGACUCCAGGAGACGAUGCGGUCCUCAGCCUGAAAAAGCUUUGGAAGCUCCAAAAUGAAAACUGAUUAUUGAAUGAAAUUUAAAAAAAAAAACUAAGGUAAUUUAAGAGUAAAGAACCAUGCUAACAUUACCGUUUGACGAGUCUGUUAUAAUGCCAGAAUCCCAGAUGUGCAGAAAGUUUCCUAGAGAUUGUGAGGAUCAAAAGCAAAUGAAGAAACCCGAAAGCUUUUCCAAACAAAUUGUGCUUCGAGGAAAGAGCAUUAAAAGGGCCCCUGGAGAAGAGACGGAGAAGGAAGAUGAGGAGGAAGACCGGGAAGAGGAAGAUGAAAAUGGGUUGCCCAGAAGGAGGGGUCUUAGGAAAAAAAAGACGACCAAGCUGAGACUGGAGAGGGUCAAGUUCCGGAGACAGGAAGCCAACGCCAGAGAGAGGAACAGGAUGCACGGCCUCAAUGAUGCUUUGGACAAUUUACGAAAAGUGGUACCCUGUUAUUCCAAAACCCAAAAACUGUCCAAGAUAGAGACCCUACGACUGGCCAAAAACUACAUAUGGGCACUUUCUGAAAUCCUGAGGAUCGGCAAGAGACCCGAUUUGCUCACAUUUGUCCAGAACCUGUGCAAAGGUCUUUCCCAGCCCACGACAAACUUGGUGGCAGGUUGCUUGCAGCUCAAUGCCAGGAGUUUCUUGAUGGGUCAGGGAGGGGAGGCUGCGCACCACACCCGCUCACCCUACUCUACUUUCUACCCACCCUACCACAGCCCUGAGCUCGCCACUCCCCCGGGACAUGGAACUCUGGAGAAUUCCAAGUCCAUGAAGCCCUACAAUUAUUGCAGUGCGUAUGAAUCCUUCUAUGAGAGCACUUCUCCUGAGUGCGCCAGCCCUCAGUUCGAAGGCCCCUUAAGUCCUCCCCCAAUUAACUAUAAUGGGAUCUUUUCCCUGAAGCAAGAAGAAACCUUGGACUAUGGCAAAAAUUACAAUUACGGCAUGCAUUAUUGUGCAAUGCCACCCAGGGGUCCCCUUGGGCAGGGUGCCAUGUUCAGGUUACCCACCGACAGCCACUUCCCUUACGACUUACAUCUGCGCAGCCAAUCUCUCACCAUGCAAGAUGAAUUAAAUGCAGUUUUUCAUAAUUAAUGAGGAAAUGAAAAUAAACAGUGGUCAUUCAUCCCCCCCCCACCACCCCCCGUCUAAUUAAGACAAGGCAGAUGCCCGUGGGCUGAGUAAUUGGCACCACUCGAAGGUGUUUCGAGUUUCUGAAUUGUUUCAACUCGUGAGAAUUUUCUAUGUAAGAAUAAAUCGUUUUU